AUUGACGCGGAAUGUGUUCCCCAAGACCCUAGCAAAAGUUGAGCCUCUCCCUCCGUUGAAGUUUCUGCACACUUCUGUGUCUCGCAAAGGUCUGGAGGAGUUUUUUGAUGAUCCAAGAAACUGGGGAGAAAAAACAGUGAAGUCUGGGGAUGCAUGGAAUAUAAAGCAGCUAAGGGGCAAGAGUAGUGAAGACUUGCACAAACUUUGGUAUGUCCUACUGAAGGAAAAAAACAUGCUUCUAACUUUAGAGCAAGAAUCAAAACGACAACUCAGGCCUAUGCCAAGUCCAGAACGAUUACAGAAGGUACAAAAAUCUAUGAAAAAUAUAGACUUGGUUGUCAGAGAGAGAGAAAUUGCUUUGAGGCUUUUACAAACUGGCCAUGAGAAACCAGUGCCCGGCGAGUGGCGACACGACUUCUUAGGACGCACCUACUG